AAGCAAAAACUGGAACUUUGCAUAGUCAAACUAAUGAAAGCUCUGGAAAUAAAGUCAUAUUGAAGAUCGUCACCCCCAGUGGUGGUCUUCUUUCAAGUGGAGCUUCACCCACARCCAACCAGCCUUUGUUCUUUACCACAAGUCCUCAAAAACAGUGUUUCCUGGUGUCACAAAAGAAAACAAAUGCAACUGCUUCCAGUGGACUAAAGAAUUUGAUCAGUACACAAAAUGAUCCACAGACAAACGCCAAGAAAUCUGAUGUUUCUCUAUUUUAUGGAAAGCUACAACCAUGUGAAGCAGAGAGACUUGUCCUAGCCCCAAGGCCAGUACGACCUCCAAGCCAGAGGAAAAGACGCAGAAAAGCAUUGCUAGAUGAUYUUUCACCAACAGUUCAUAAGGCACAAAGACUUUCAGGAAAGAUUCCGACUGAAAAAGAGGUUGUGUUGUGGAAACCUGUUGCCAAGGCGGUGGAGAGGACACUGAGGCUGGCACCGUUCAGCUCAGGACAGCAGAUCAAAUGCCCUCGUCGAUACCAGCCCGUUGUGGUGCUCAAUCAUCCUGAUGCUGACAUUCCUGAAGUGGCCAAUAUCAUGAAGGCCGUCAACAAGUACAAAGGUGCUGUCUCAAAGGUCUCUCUUAGCCAAAAAACAGUCCAAGCACUCUCUGACUUUACCCAUCUGGAAGUGAAUUCCUCCACCAGGAGUGCAUCAUCUAAUGACGACGAUAUAAGACCCAGAGCUCUUCAGAGUUCAGUCCAAGAGCGGUUCCUCCUGAAAAUGAAACUGAGGAAAAAAAGCAAAAAGAAGUAUAAGAUAGUUAAAACUUCAUCAGCUUGCGGGCGAGGCUCAGUGGUGUUUGACUGCUGGUUCUGUGGGCGACUUUUUAAUAACCAAGAAGAUUGGAUUGGCCAUGGCCAAAGGCAUCUUAUGGAGGCAACAAGAGACUGGAAUAAACUGUUAUGAAACUUUUUCACACCUUUCAUACUCUGUUGGUUUAACUGUAACAUUUCAAGAUGUGUAGAUUUUUAAAUAACACUACAUUAUGUUUGCUUAGUGUUUCUGUAAAUACAUUUUAAGUAAAUCAUGGUUUGUUCUAAAUGUCACAAAUAGAGAUAAAUGAUGUAGUGCAGGCUUGUUUUAUGUCCUGCCAGCACAUGCAAAACUGAUCUGUGAAAAUGGUACACUGUAAGUAUGGGCUGGGGUUGGGAGCACUGGACAAAUGAAAGGGAGCAUUAUCAUUUGAGCUUGUAUACAGAGUUGGAUCAAAUUACUCAGGUAAUUUCAUUGUAAUUGUUUUAUAUUUUUAAAAAAUCUAUACUUUUACUGGAAGGAUUUUUUAAUUUUUUGUCUGACCAGAAACUAUAAAAGUCGAAAUAAAGUCUAUUGUUUUACA